UUAGGAUGAAUGUUAUGGAAUAUACACAGUAAACAAAUAUAGAUCUCUUAACGUUUCAAUAUGACGCAGGAGGAAGUCGAAAACGAUUUAAGUUAACAAUAUCGGAGUUCUAACCAUGUCAAAUUCAAAAUAUCUACGAAAACUAUCGCUCUGUCUUUUUAGUGUGCUAGACAAAGCUGGCGCAUCAGAAUAUGUGAGGAAGCUAAGGCAAGAUGGGCGACUUGUUGAAGAUGUCCUUGAAACAAAUCUUCUUCUCUUUGAAGAAAGGGAAGUUGGGAUAUACACCUUUGGUAGUGCUUGUGAAGGUACAACAACACCUGGUAUGAAUUCCGAUGUAGACACUAUGAUGUGUUUCCUUAGUAUGCCAGUGUUUGAAAAGGAAGAAGAUUUUGAUGAAUACUGCAUGGAAGAGUUACAAGAAGACCCGAAUGAAGUUGAAUUCAGCUACGCUCUAAUGCUUAUUGACGAUUACACACCCGUUGGUUUCACAAAGUUACAGUUUGUAAAGGCUGAGGAUGAUGAUUGCAUAAUCACAUUAUCCAAAGACGCAAACGGAAAGGACGUUGUAGUAAAUAGUGGAAUGAUAGAUGCAAUGGAUCAUGAUGAAAGAAAUGGUCCUGCUGCAACAACAUUGAAGAGACCAGGGUUUUCAGAUUUAGAUCAUAUACCCUCCUUUCGAUGUCGGAAGUGGCCAACAGUCGCUGAGGAAUUCUUCACACGAGAAAGAAAGUACGGUUUUCCAAGUCAAGAUGUCAGAAAUGACUUUGGAAAGUACGGCAUAUUCUUCGUACCGACAGGACAUUCUGAAUCACCAGAGAAACACUUGCAAUGGAGGCUUUCUUAUUCUCUGCAGGAAAGAAAGAUAAUGCUGAGCUUAAGCGAGACUCAGUAUAAAUGCUAUGUGCUACUUAAGAUGGUCAAAGAAGAUUUCGUGAAACCUGUUGUUUGCGGGAAAUCGUUAACAUCAUACCAAUGCAAAACCAGUAUGUUUUUUUGCAUGGAAACAACAGAUGCAGCAGUUUGGGUUGAAGAAAAUUUGAUUGCAUGUUUCAUUAAAUGUGUUCACCUGCUGAAGAGAUGGAUCAGCAAAGGUUUUGUACCAAGCUACUUCAUGCCACUGACCAAUAUCUGGAAAGGAGAUGCCUGCAUUAGGCAACGAGUUGUUGAUGUGCUUGACAGAGUUUUGCAAGACGCUCCAGGGUAUCUCUUUAAGCUCCGAUGCGACCGAGUUGGAAUUAUGCUCAAGGAUGAAUUUUCACCAACCAGAGAUGAAGACGGACUGCAUUUCACCAGUGACAAUGACUCAAACCAAAGUACUUGCGCCUUGCAGACUGCCAAACGAAACUUGCAUUUAGCAGUUUACAAUCUACAUUACACGUUUUUAACCCAUGUCGCCGAACUUACUCGACACUUGAUGUUGAACUUAGUUGAAAAAACUGAUACAAUGGCUCAAGCAAUUGAAAAACACCGCCGUCUUAUCUCAGUUUCUCAGGAUACACAAACACUUGCAGAGUUGUCCCUGAAGCCGAUUAUAGACACACAAAAUGCAUUUCGAUUUGUGUUGCCGUAUGUAUUCGCCGAUCUAGGCACACACCUUGCAUUGAGUGACAAACUGUCCGGCCACAAAACCAUUUCUAGAGAAGCAAUUCAAUUUCUUGAGAAAGGUCUUCUUUCAGAUGCACUGAGUGGAAGUCUCAAGUAUGCAACGGCCUUGUACGCUUUGGAACAGUACGAAGAUUGCUUGAAACUUCUACGCAACCUUGAUGCCAACCUACAAAGUAAUGUUAUAUCUCAAAGAAUUUGCAUUGCAAGGGAUAACACAACAACCAUUCUUGUGAGUGAAGAUCUUUUGAAUAAAAUCAUUGCCGAGGAACCGACCUUGAAUGACGUUUUGGCGUCACACAUGGCUACUUGUGUCAUGUUUCUUCCAACGGAAAUAGAACUUUUGCCAAGAGAGCUUCAAUAUGAGAUGUUUAGAUCUUGCUUCGCAGAGACCGAUAAACUGUACUGGUUUGGCUAUGUUGUGGUGGAUGCCAAAAUACUGCUAUACUACCUUUUGUACAGAGUGCACGAAAAACUCAAACACGACGAGUACAGGGAAUCUUCAUUUCUGUGUAUGAUUUCAACUCUUGAAGACGAUUACAACUUGUGCCAUUUCGAAACUGCAAUGAAUUUGAUUGGAUGUAUCUGGAGAGAGAAGGAAAAACCUGACUUAGCGAUGAAAGCCUUUUGCAAUUCCUGGACAAGAAGGCCCGACCACAAUGCUGCUAAAUGGCACGUUGCUCUGAUGUGUUUUGACUAUUUUCUGGCUAAUUGCUUGAGGAAUGACGCAUUCGACAGAAAAGAGGCUGGACAAAUUGAAGAGAAAAUUAUAUACUGUCGUGUGUAUUUGAGCAGUGGUGAUCUUAAAUAAUUUGAUGAACUCAUCAAAGGAUCUUUUAAAGAAAUCUUUCUAAUGGAAUGUCCAUAAUAAGGCUGGAAAGGGUAUCAAUGGUAAACAACAUGAUCGAUAAACUUCUUUUUUCCGAGAAACGUGAUUGCCACUCACUUAAAAAGAGCACCGUUACAAUGAAAUUCCGAAAAACAAACAUGAUUAUGCUCUUCCCAAACCAUAGUAUCAGUCAAAAAUGGUGAAAAAUGUUUAUUUUAAAUUAUUAUAAACCGAAAAAAGAGUUUCAACCCCUUACCCAAUAAACAUGUACUUAGCAAACAAUAAAACUAAAUGGAUGGCACAGAAGCAUGAAAGAGCUGAGAUCCACAGUACCUUUCCCGAAAACAGUGUUUAAAACCUAUUAAACUAUUUUGCAGAAACUUUUAUCCCAGGUUAUCGAUGAUUUCUAUUUAAUGUUUUAAAAUUAAUUAUAAAAUAAACUGUUUUAAACAACUGAAGAA